GGAGACGUGGACCUGAUUUGGAAGAGACGCCGAGCCGGAAGUGGAGCUUCCUCACGGGUUUGCUGCGAGGUUUCCGUCUCGAACGGCGGCACCAUGUCGAAAGUUUCUUUUAAGAUCACACUGACGUCGGACCCGCGGCUGCCAUACAAAGUACUCAGUGUUCCCGAAAGUACACCUUUCACAGCUGUCUUAAAGUUUGCAGCAGAAGAAUUUAAAGUUCCUGCAGCAACAAGUGCAAUUAUUACCAAUGAUGGAAUAGGAAUAAACCCUGCACAGACUGCUGGAAAUGUUUUUCUAAAGCACGGUUCAGAACUGCGAAUAAUUCCUAGAGAUCGUGUUGGACAUUGUUAAUAUCCACUGCUUGGAACAUAAAACCCCCUUCCAGAGUAAAUAUUGGUAAUGUUAUUAUUGUAAAAUUGGAAUCAGGCAUUUGAAAUCCUAUGAAAACACCAGUAAUUGAUGACAUAAUGAAAGGUGACUGUCUGUCCGUGCUUGUUCACACUUCACGUGAGGAGAGCACACAUCCAGGCCUAGGGCACCAUGACCACAGAGGAUCAGUCUUUCAUUGCUGCUUCACUGCACACACAGGUAGUUCAUCAGGGGUGAAUGGAUCAGCCAUCUGUGUCUUAUAACCUGAGGGUGCUUCUGGUCAUUCUUUCUGAGAACAUCUGGAAAAUUAAAAUUUACUGAAGUUUCCUUCUUGUCCCUGAGUUAAAAAUGUAAAAAAGAUUAUGGAUCCACACAUGACGGUUGGCUUGUUAGCAUCUGACUCACAGACACAAACAUAGUUGAUUUCCUCCUUAUAUAUCAUUUAUGAUAAAGGAUCAUAUCAAUGAAUAACUAUCUUAUCAUUUAGCUUGUUUUAAAGUUUUAGACUUCUUGAGUUCUUAUAAAUUUUAAUUUGACAUCAAAGAGCCCAAAAUUGCAUUUUCAGUCUAGCCCUUAUGGGUAAAACUGGUUGGUAUCCCACACCGAAGAGUUUUAGCGAUGAUCUUGCAGACUCCAGUACUUGUAAUGAUGAGAAUUAAGAAUAAGUAGAAGCAUCAGUUGCUGAACUAUGCAUUCCUUUAUUGAUCUCUUUUAAAACAACCUUUAAAAUAGGAAUCCUCAAAAAACCAUCAUCUUCUUGAGGAUAAUUGUAAAUAGCCUUCAGGGAGACAGUGUAAAGAAGAACAUCUGAAAGUUCACAACAGCGCUCAUAGAAAAGCUAAUUUAAAUUCUGGUUGGUUAUACAUAAUGAAGACCCAACAUUUAAGGAAGCAUUAAGAUUAUAGUUGUGGGGUGAAUAAGAAGCUAGGAAAGGAAAAUGGGAAAGCCCAGAUGACCAGGCUUCUAGCAAGAAGGAAAGAAACAAAAGGGAAGGCAAGCAGAAACUUGUAACAGGAGUGUCACAGAAAAAGCCAAAGUGGUUAGACAAACUACAGAGGCUGUGGAGAGAACUGAAGGGAAAACAAAACACUUGACAUUGUUAUAAGGAGCCAAAGAUGAUCAGAGAAAGCACAGCAUAGGCAUUGUCAGCAUGUGGUUUUCAGAAUUCCCCUUAAAGAAAGAUACACAUAGGGAAGAUUAUGUUUGCCCUUAGUGAGGGCAUCAGUAUCUAUGCCUAUCUUGAAAGGAGAACGCUCAUAGUGAUUGAGAACCAGCACUUGACUUGCUGUAUUCUAGAUGCUGCGGUCUCUGGAGGCAGGCCUGGUUGGUUGGUAUCUGUUCUGCACUUUGCAGGCCUGGAAAUGUAAGCUUCAAGAUACAGUUGUUGAAUUAUUCAUGAAUAAAGUGUUUCUAAAACCAGUUUUUAUUGAAAUGUGCAUAGGCCCUAGGUUCAUUGGGGAAAAAAAAUUAUUCAACAGACUCAGUAUCGGAAAGAUGAUAUUGGUUAAGACUAAGACAUGGUUCAGAUAUUUGAUAGUGACUAGAAGUCUUCUGAAUUGUAAAGGGCAAAAAAUUUUGUGCUGAGGUAGAAAAGUAUGUUUCUAAUGUUUGUGGAAUUUUUUAUUUUUAUAAGCAAACUUAUUUUCUGAUGCCUAAAGACUCCUGGUCUUUAACAAAAUUAAACCUCCAUUAAUGAGAAAUUUUCUGACUUUUUGGUCUUAUUUAGAUUUUCCCUCAUUCUGUUUCUAGCACAGAAUUCUGCCUGAUUUGUCACACAGAUAGGUUUUAUGAUGUCUUAUAAAUUAUUUAAUAUUUUUGUUUUGGUUGGAAAAUUUUAUUGCAGUAAGGUCUUAAAAAUAUUUUCUUGUAUAGAACUAGACAUGUUGUUAAAUAUGAUCUGUAACUUCUUUGCACAAAAUGUUUCAAAGUGGUGUAUUUAAAGUGCUUUAUUGGUCCAUGAUUCAUAUCUUGUGAAAAUACAUUUUCUUACACCAUAAA